AUGGCCGAUUCCUCCAAUUUAGGCGCCACGGCUGGUGCCGCUGGUGCCAGCCAGCCUAAGGCGGCUCCAAAGCCCCCUAACCCGGUGUUCAAGAUGAUGGGUCUGCCGAAUAUCCGCUUCAAGCUGCCGUCCCGUAACUGGAUGAUUUUCUUCACCGUCACCGGUUCCUUCGCCGGUGCUAUCAUCUACGACCGUCGGGAGAAGCGCCGCUCACAACAGAAAUGGUGCGACCUCGUGGCUCAUAUCGCAAACGAGCCGCUGGACGUGAACCAGAUGCGCCGCAAGUUGACCGUUUACCUGGCUGCGCCGCCUGGUGAUGGUCUCCGCGUGGCCAGAGACCACUUCAAGGAAUAUGUUAAGCCCAUCUUGACAGCCGCGGCGUUGGAUUACACAGUCAUCGAGGGACGCCGUGAGGGUGAUGUCCGGGCUAGCACUGCGGAGAGCAUCCGGAAGUUGAGGCGAAAGGCUGGUGAGCAAAGCUCGGUUGUGGAGGAACCCAGCGUUGAGUCCGCUGUCUUGGACAUGCGCGAGCGCAUGGGUAUCCGGGACGAGCCCGGUGCCAAGGGUGAUCUGGUGAUCGGACGGCAUACAUGGAAAGAAUAUAUUCGGGGCUUGCAUGAAGGUUGGCUCGGCCCAUUGAACCCUCCGCUUCCACCUGUUGCAGAUGUCCCAGCCAUCGAGCCGGUAGAGGAGAACAUGAAGGACACCGCAGCUGGUGACCAUCCCUCCGAUGACAGCCAAGCUAGCCCCGAGCAGAAGACCGAAUCCGAGGCGAAGAAGGAGGAGAAGCCCUCCAAGCCUACCGGUCCUGCUGAAGCUUAUAUUUCCACUGCCGACUAUCCCUCCGCUCACCUCCCCUCAUCGCUCCCCCAGACCUUCGACAGCUCCGUUCCCAUCGAAUUCCCCCACAUCCUCGGCUUCUUGAAUACCCCGAUCCGUAUGUACCGCUACCUCACCCAACGACACCUUGCCGAGAGCAUUGGCUCCCAGGUUGCAGCCCUCGUUCUCGCCGCCGACGCCAGAUCCUACCGCGACGAGUCCUUCAGCUCCGACUCCGAAUUGAGUAGCGCGAGCGUCGACUCAACCCCCUCGCCUAGUGGCUUCGAGCAGCAGACCGUUCUCGAAUGGGAAGAAAACGAGUGGCACAAAUCCGUGCGCAAGCGCGACGAGGAGAACCCAGGUAAGGAACGCGAGUGGCUGGAUGAUAUCGUGCUUGAUCAGCGCAUCUCCACGCGCAUGCAGCGCGCUCUUCUCUCGCCGGAAGACGAGGCUCGUUCUCAGCGCCUUGCCUCGCAGGAGGAGUAUAUCCUUGGCCAGGAACGGCCGGCCCCCGUCGCUUUUUGGCAGCGCAUGUGGAUUAAGUACGGCUACGGCGAGGACGAGGAGACUUUGAGGAAAAAGCCUAUCCUCCCUACUGUUGAUGACGAGGAUAGUGCGUAA